GUGGGGAUGGGUCGUUAGCAGCGGUCGCGGUGCUGCCUCUAACUGUGAGUGACUUUCCUUUUGUUGUGUUAGUGACACGGAUGGUGGUCAGCCCCUCUUCUGCUCCCAGUCGUUUGUGAAAAACCGGGACUUCCAACAUGAACAAAGAUGCCCAGAUGAGAGCAACCAUUAACCAAAAGCUAAUAGAAACAGGAGAGCGAGAACGCCUUAAAGAGUUGCUUAGAGCCAAAUUAAUCGAAUGCGGCUGGAAGGAUCAGCUGAAGGCACAUUGCAAAGAUGUUAUUAAAGAAAAAGGAUUAGAGCAUGUUACUGUUGACGAUUUGGUGGCAGAAAUCACUCCCAAAGGCAGAGCCUUGGUACCAGACAGUGUAAAGAAAGAACUCUUGCAAAGAAUAAGAACCUUCCUUGCCCAGCAUGCCAGUCUUUAACUUUGGCAUUCACCUAGGAUAGUGUUUCUGUAUUAUGUCAGUCAUGUAAGGAUUGGAAUGCAGUUUACAUACUUAAGGAUGAUGAGCUGAAGUUCCUUUGCACUGCAUUGAUUUCUUAAACUUGGUGUUAUUUUAAUAAAAAAAAUUGUGGAUUUGUGGUUCU